CUAUUGGAAAUAACAAUUCUUUCCGAUUAAAUUAAAAUUAGCUCAUUCUUACGCUUUCUCCAAUUGUCUUUUUUUUUGUUACCUGACACCAACAUGCCUUUAAAGUUUGAACUGUGUCCCGGGAGGAUGAUUGGAGGCAACCAUCCGUGUUUUAUUAUCGCCGAAAUCGGACAAAACCACCAGGGAGACAUCGAGAUUGCCAAGAAAAUGAUCAAAAUGGCGAAGGACUGCGGUGCUGAUUGUGCCAAAUUCCAGAAAAGUGAACUGCAGUACAAAUUUAACAAACGCGCCUUGGAACGCCCCUACACGUCCAAACACUCCUGGGGGGCCACUUAUGGAGAGCACAAGCGCCACCUGGAGUUCAGCCAUGAGCAGUACAGGGACUUGCAGAAAUAUGCCAAGGAAGUGGGAAUCUUCUUCACCGCCUCAGGAAUGGACGAGAUGGCAGUAGAGUUUCUCCAUGAGCUAAAUGUGCCUUUCUUCAAAGUGGCCUCAUUAGAUGCCAGCAACUUCCCCUAUUUGGAGAAGACGGCCAAGAAUGGACGUCCCAUGGUGGUUUCCAGUGGGAUGCAGUCCAUGGAGACGAUGCGUCGGGUGUACAAGACGGUGAAAGAGCACAACCAAAACUUUGCCAUCCUGCAGUGUACCAGCGCCUACCCUCUUGAGUCUGAGGACGUCAACCUCAGAGUGAUCACAGAAUACAUGAAGGAAUUCCCAGAUAUUCCAAUUGGAUAUUCCGGCCACGAGUCUGGAAUCAGUAUUUCAGUGGCAGCUGUUGCUCUGGGGGCAAAAGUCCUCGAGCGCCACGUGACACUGGACAAGACGUGGAAGGGAAAUGACCACGCGGCGUCGCUGGAGCCCGCUGAGCUGGCCGAGCUGGUUCGCUCUGUCCGAGUGGUGGAGAAGGCACUGGGUAGUGGCGUCAAGAGGAUGCUUCCUUGUGAGAAGCCAUGCCAUGACAAGCUGGGAAAGUCUGUGGUGGCCAAGCUGAAGAUCCCCAGAGGAACUGUCCUCACCCUGGACAUGUUGGCGGUGAAGGCGGCCGAGCCCAUGGGUGUAGCUGCUGAGGACAUCUUCCAGCUGAUUGGCAGGGUUGUCACCGAAGACGUGGGAGAAGAUGAGAGUGUCACACCAGAGCUGGUGGACAGAGACAUGAAGAUGGCGAAGUGUUAACAUUUUUAAAGGGGAACAUUAUCACCAGACCUAUGUAAGCCUCAAUAUAUACCUUGAAGUUGCAGAAAAAAGACCAUAUGUUUUUUUUAACCCAUUUUCGAACUCUAAAAGGGUGAAUUUGGCGAUUUAAACGCCUUUCAAUUGUUCGCUGUCGGAGCGAUGACCUUUCACCCGUGACGUCACAACAUGAAGCAAUCCGACAUUUUCUCAAACACAUUACACGCACCAAGUCAAAUCAGCUCUGUUAUCUUACGUUUUUUCGACUGUUUUCCGUAUCUUGGAGACAUCAUGUUGUCGGAGGGUGUAACAACACGAUCAGGGACGGAUUAAAGUUGACUAACGUGGAGUGUGCAUCGUUUAGGCUAGCUGUAUGUACAUAUUGCAUCGUUAUGCCUCAUUUGUAGCUGUAUUUGCAUCCAGCCUUUCCCUCCACCCACAUUUAAUGCCAAACAAACACAUACCAAUCGACGGAUUCAAGUUGACUAACGUUGAGUGUGCGUCGUUUAGGCUAGCUGUAUGUACAUAUUGCAUCGUUAUGCCUCAUUUGUAGCGCUGUUUGCAUCCAGCCUUUCCCUCCACCCACAUUUAAUGCCAAACAAACACAUACCAAUCGACUGAUUCAAGUUGACUAACGUUGAGUGUGCGUCGUUUAGGCUAGCUGUAUGUACAUAUUGCAUCGUUAUGCCUCAUUUGUAGCUAUAUUUGCAUCCAGCCUUUCCCUCCACCCACAUAUAAUGCCAAACAAACACAUACCAAUCGACGGAUUCAAGUUGACUAACGUGGAGUGUGCGUCGUUUAGGCUAGCUGUAUGUACAUAUUGCAUCGUUAUGCCUCAUUUGUAGCUAUAUUUGCAUCCAGCCUUUCCCUCCACCCACAUUUAAUGCCAAACAAACACAUACCAAUCGACGGAUUCAAGUUGACUAACGUGGAGUGUGCGUCGUUUAGGCUAGCUGUAUGUACAUAUUGCAUCGUCAUGCCUCAUUUGUAGCUAUAUUUGCAUCCAGCCUUUCCCUCCACCCACAUUUAAUGCCAAACAAACACAUACCAAUCGACGGAUUCAAGUUGACUAACGUGGAGUGUGCGUCGUUUAGGCUAGCUGUAUGUACAUAUUGCAUCGUUAUGCCUCAUUUGUAGCUGUAUUUGCAUCCAGCCUUUCCCUCCACCCACAUUUAAUGCCAAACAAACACAUACCAAUCGACGGAUUCAAGUUGACUAACGUGGAGUGUGCGUCGUUUAGGCUAGCUGUAUGUACAUAUUGCAUCGUUAUGCCUCAUUUGUAGCUAUAUUUGCAUCCAGCCUUUCCCUCCACCCACAUUUAAUGCCAAACAAACACAUACCAAUCGACGGAUUCAAGUUGACUAACGUGGAGUGUGCGUCGUUUAGGCUAGCUGUAUGUACAUAUUGCAUCGUUAUGCCUCAUUUGUAGCUGUAUUUGCAUCCAGCCUUUCCCUCCACACACAUUUAAUGCCAAACAAACACAUACCAAUCGACGGAUUCAAGUUGACUAACGUGGAGUGUGUGUCGUUUAGGCUAGCUGUAUGUACAUAUUGCAUCGUUAUGCCUCAUUUGUAGCUAUAUUUGCAUCCAGCCUUUCCCUCCACCCACAUUUAAUGCCAAACAAACACAUACCAAUCGACGGAUUCAAGUUGACUGACGUGGAGUGUGCAUCGUUUAGGCUAGCUGUAUGUACAUAUUGCAUCGUUAUGCCUCAUUUGUAGCUGUAUUUGCAUCUAGCCUUUCCCUCCACCCACAUUUAAUGCCAAACAAACACAUACCAAUCGACGGAUUAAAGUUGACUAACGUGGAGUGUGCGUCGUUUAGGCUAGCUGUAUGUACAUAUUGCAUCGUUAUGCCUCAUUUGUAGCUAUAUUUGCAUCCAGCCUUUCCCUCCACCCACAUUUAAUGCCAAACAAACACAUACCAAUCGACGGAUUCAAGUUGACUGACGUGGAGUGUGCAUCGUUUAGGCUAGCUGUAUGUACAUAUUACAUCGUUAUGCCUCAUUUGUAGCUAUAUUUGCAUCCAGCCUUUCCCUCCACCCACAUUUAAUGCCAAACAAACGCAUACCAAUCGACGGAUUAAAGUUGACUAACGUGGAGUGUGCGUCGUUUAGGCUAGCUGUAUGUACAUAUUGCAUCGUUAUGCCUCAUUUGUAGCUAUAUUUGCAUCCAGCCUUUCCCUCCACCCACAUUUGAUGCCAAACAAACACAUACCAAUCGACGGAUUCAAGUUGACUAACGUGGAGUGUGCAUCGUUUAGGCUAGCUGUAUGUACAUAUUGCAUCGUUAUGCCUCAUUUGUAGCUAUAUUUGCAUCCAGCCUUUCCCUCCACCCACAUUUAAUGCCAAACAAACACAUACCAAUCGACGGAUUCAAGUUGACUAACGUGGAGUGUGCAUCGUUUAGGCUAGCUGUAUGUACAUAUUGCAUCGUUAUGCCUCAUUUGUAGCUAUAUUUGCAUCCAGCCUUUCCCUCCACCCACAUUUAAUGCCAAACAAACACAUACCAAUCGACGGAUUUAAGUUGACUAACGUGGAGUGUGCGUUGUUCAGGCUAGCUGUAUGUACAUAUUGCAUCGUUAUGCCUCAUUUGUAGCUGUAUUUGCAUACAGCCUUUCCCUCCACCCACAUUUAAUGCCAAACAAACACAUACCAAUCGACGGAUUCAAGUUGACUAACGUGGAGUGUGCAUCGUUUAGGGUAGCUGUAUGUACAUAUUGCAUCGUUAUGCCUCAUUUGUAGCUAUAUUUGCAUCCAGCCUUUCCCUCCACCCACAUUUAUUGCCAAACAAACACAUACCAAUCGGCAGAUUCAAGUUGACUAACGUGGAGUGUGCGUCAUUCAGGCUAUCUGUAUGUACAUAUUGCAUCGUUAUGCCUCAUUUGUAGCUGUAUUUGCAUACAGCCUUUCCCUCCACCCACAUUUAAUGCCAAACAAACACAUACCAAUCGACUGAUUCAAGUUGACUAACGUGGAGUGUGCGUCGUUUAGGCUAGCUGUAUGUACAUAUUGCAUCGUUAUGCCUCAUUUGUAGCUAUAUUUGCAUCCAGCCUUUCCCUCCACCCACAUUUAAUGCCAAACAAACACAUACCAAUCGAUGGAUUUAAGUUGACUAACGUGGAGUGUGCGUCGUUUAGGCUAGCUGUAUGUACAUAUUGCAUCGUUAUGCCUCAUUUGUAGCUAUAUUUGCAUCCAGCUUUUCCCUCCACCCACAUUUAAUGCCAAACAAACACAUACCAAUCGACGGAUUCAAGUUGACUAACGUGGAGUGUGCAUCGUUUAGGCUAGCUGUAUGUACAUAUUGCAUCGUUAUGCCUCAUUUGUGGCUAUAUUUGCAUCCAGCCUUUCCCUCCACCCACAUUUAAUGCCAAACAAACACAUACCAAUCGACGGAUUCAAGUUGACUAACGUGGAGUGUGCAUCGUUUAGGCUAGCUGUAUGUACAUAUUGCAUCGUCAUGCCUCAUUUGUAGCUAUAUUUGCAUCCAGCCUUUCCCUCCACCCACAUUUAAUGCCAAACAAACACAUACCAAUCGACGGAUUCAAGUUGACUAACGUGGAGUGUGCGUCGUUUAAGCUAGCUGUAUGUACAUAUUGCAUCGUUAUGCCUCAUUUGUAGCUGUAUUUGCAUCCAGCCUUUCCCUCCACCCACAUUUAAUGCCAAACAAACACAUACCAAUCGACGGAUUCAAGUUGACUAACGUGGACUGUGCGUCGUUUAGGCUAGCUGUAUGUACAUAUUGCAUCGUUAUGCCUCAUUUGUAGCUGUAUUUGCAUCCAGCCUUUCCCUCCACCCACAUAUAAUGCCAAACAAACACAUACCAAUCGACGGAUUCAAGUUGACUAACGUGGAGUGUGCGUCGUUUAGGCUAGCUGUAUGUACAUAUUGCAUCGUUAUGCCUCAUUUGUAGCUAUAUUUGCAUCCAGCCUUUCCCUCCACCCACAUUUAAUGCCAAACAAACACAUACCAAUCGACGGAUUCAAGUUGAACCAGUGGUCAAAAGAUGCGAAAGUCCCUCGUUUGUUCCGCACAUUUUACCGACGAUAGCGAUGCUACGACAGAGAUGUGGGGAUAUCCUGCGACACUCAAAGCAGAUGCAUAUAUAAUGAUAAAGUCAACAAAAUCACAAAGGUGAGUUUUGUUGAUGUUAUUGACUUAUGUGCUAAUCAGACAUAUUUGGUCACGGCAUGACUGCCAGCUAAUCGAUGCUAACAUGCUAUUUAGGCUAGCUGUAUGUACAUUUCUAGCUAUAUUUGCAUCCAGCCUUUCCCUCCACCCACAUUUAAUGCCAAACAAACACAUACCAAUCGACAGAUUCAAGUUGAACCAGUGGUCAAAAGAUGCGAAAGUCCCUCGUUUGUUCUGCACAUUUUACCGACGAUAGCGAUGCUACGACAGAGAUGUGUGGAUAUCCUGCGACACUCAAAGCAGAUGCAUAUAUAACGAUAAAGUCAACAAAAUCACAAAGGUGAGUUUUGUUGAUGUUAUUGACUUAUGUGCUAAUCAGACAUAUUUGGUCACGGCAUGACUGCCAGCUAAUCGAUGCUAACAUGCUAUUUAGGCUAGCUGUAUGUACAUUUCUAGCUAUAUUUGCAUCCAGUCUUUCCCUACACCCACAUUUAAUGCUAAACAAACACUUACCAAUUGACGGAUUUAAGUUGUUCCAGUGGUCAAAAGAUGCAAUCGUUGGUUAAAAUAGCUUCAAUAACUAGUCGCUCAAUAACUUUAGUUUCUUCUUCAAUGUUGUUUUCGCUAUCUGCCUCAUCACUCCAACCAUCCGUUUCAAUACAUGCGUAAUCUGUUGAAGCGCUUAAGCCGCUGAAAUCCGAGUCUGAAUCCGAGCUAAUGUCGCUAUAUCUUGCUCUUCUAUCCGCCAUGUUUGUUUGUAUUGGCGUCACUAUGUGACGUCACAGGAAAAUGGAUGGGUGGAUUUACAGAUAGCGAAAAUCAGGCACUUUAAAGCCUUUUUUCGGGAUAUUCCAUGAUGGGUAAAAUUUUGGAAAAAAAUUCGAAAAAUAAAAUAAGCCACUGGGAACUGAUUUUUAUUGGUUUUAACACUUCUGAAAUUGUGAUAAUGUUCCCCUUUAAGACUGAAUGAAGUAAAGCACUUAAAUGAUGAGGACACUAAUCAGGUGGGCGUAGUUUGGUGGGUGAUUUGUUUUUAUGUAUGGUUUCAGUUACCAGGAACAAGGGAAUGGUUAUCGUCCUCAGGUGUGACACUAAGCUAUUUGUCGUCUGUUCCUAAAGGCAAUCAUGUACUAAAGAAAAUAUAAGUCAUUAAGUAGCAGCCAAGAUCAUAUAAAGAAGAGGAGGUUUAUAAUUAGCCACUAUCUGCCUGUUAAUAAAACACUUAUACAAA